CAAAUUUGCAAUUGUUUUUGUCGUAGAGAUCACCCCCUUCUCUUCAUUGGCUAGAAGCAACAGUUUUUUUUUCAAAGUUUUCAAAUGAUAUGAAUUAGUAGUAUCUAUGACAAUUUCUAUAUGAAACAAAACAAUAAAAUGGUUUUGGUUGUCGGGCGUUUAUUAUUUUCUCUGAAUCAUCAAAUGGAAUAAUGGAUUUGUGAUGAAAACAUGAUUGUUUCCAGGUUUACAAAAUUUGAGAUUAUAGGCGUUACGAUAAUAAUAAUAAUGUUUUUAUUUGACAAAUUUUUUACGCAUUAAAACGGAACUUUAUAUGCCAAGAGAUCUGUGAUAACAACAACAGGUAAUGUAUGCGGAAAGGAAAAAAUGAUUCGUCAUCACAAAGAGCCAAUCAUUACGUCAUUAACCAUGGACGAAAAAAAAACAGAUUUAACAUAACAAUGGAAAAAAUUCGAAAUUCGUAAUAUUACGAAUACGUGUUGUAUAAAUUGUAAAAAUUGAAUGAACCAAAUUUUUUCUUCUCACAAAUGACAAUGAAAUUACGAUUCAAUAAAAAAAGAAUAUGGCGCAUCAUACAGAAUAAAAUCUUUCAACGACAAAAUAUAAUUGUCAUCAAUAUAAUGUGGAUGGUUAGCACUAUGCAGUGGUUUCAAAUUGCUUUUCAUCAAUUUUUGUUCCUGUUUGUUUGAAUUUCUCAUUUUAGGGUAUCAACACGUUGUUACUUUUGGUAACUGUCAUCAUUAGAUUGGCGAUGAAAUUGCGAUCAAGACAAAUAUUUGAAAUCUUAAUGAAUGAUCCACAUCGGGCUAUGAAGAUUGUAGCGCGUAAUGAAAAGCCUGAUUUUUAUAUUGAUCGACUUUUCAAUCGAAUUAUAAUGCUGUCAUCAUUCUACAUCAUUGUAGGUGUUGUUGGUCUGUUUGCUUAUUAUAGACGACAAACAAUGGAAUUAUUGCAUCAAUUUUCGUCAAUAUUCUCGAUGGUGAUCACCAUUUAUCUACUUGAUCCAAUAAUGAGUGAACAAAUCUAUCUUCAACGGCGAUUCAUAACAUCAUUACGUUAUGUAAUUAUUGGCCAUAAUUUCAAUGAUGGCCUUUCAUCAUAUUGGCUACAAAUGGCACAAAAUCUAUUAAAUUGUUGUGGUUCGAAUAAUCCAGAAAAACAAUUUAAUAGGAAUAAUAUUCCAUUGACUUGUUGUGAAUCAUUGACGGAAUCGAAAAUUGAAAAAUGGAAAAUGAAUAAAAUUGUAAAAUGUCAUAUCAAAGAUGAUGCAGGUGCAGAUGGAUCUGGAAAAAAGAGAUUGAAAAAGAAAAGAUUAAAUUUGAAAAAACCAUGCAUUAGUUCAAUUUAUUACCACGUAUUAACCAAUGUUUUUUGGACAUGGUUAUCAAUGAACGUAAUACUUCAAUUAUUUAUUGUUAAUCUAGUUUUCGUGUUUAUUGUCGACGAUAUAUUUGAAUUAAUUAAUUAA